AUGGGACCACAGGAUUUCCAUGAACUUCUGACACGAAUUGCACCGAGGAUUACCAAACAAGAUACUAACUACAGGAAGUCUCUGGAACCUGGUUUAAAGCUGGCUGUCACCUUAAGGUUUCUGGCCACCAGCAACAGCUACAAGACACUUCAAUAUGGAUUCCGAGUUGCCCAUAACACUAUUUCUGUGUUUAUCCCACACGUGUUCCAGGCGAUAAUCGAUGAACUAUCUGACGAAGUUCUCAUGUCCCCAGAUACUCCAGAGGGAUGGAAACAAGUGGCACAAUCCUUCUACAACUGCUGGAACCUUCCCCACUGCGUUGGUUCGAUUGAUGGCAAACACGUUGCCAUCAGGAAACCUCCAAAGACUGGCAGCUUAUUCUAUAACUAUAAAGAUGCUCAAUACAAAUUCAUGUAUGUGGACAUUGGACACACUGGCUCUGGUUCUGAUGCUGGUGUGUUUAACGAGAGCCCUUUCAAGGCAGCAAUUGAGGCAGUCAAACUGAAUCUGCCUGAGGCAGACCAGCCACUUGAAUACUUCCAUGUGGGAGAAGACGCGUUUGCUCUCAAGACUUGGCUGAUGAAGCCUCUGCCGCUUCGCAACAUGACUCACCAACAGAGAGUCUAUAACUACAGACUUUCGCGAGCCCGAAGAGUUGUGGAAAAUGCUUUCGGACUUCUGGCAGCACGGUUCCGUUGUCUUCUCGUCACUUUGCCCUUAACUCCAGACAGAGUCAUCAAGAUCACACAUGCAUGCUGUGUCCUGCAUAACUUGCUGCUACUCAAAAACCCUACGAUUGAUGUAGCUAUAAUUGACCAAGAGGACCCACAGCACAAUCACGAAAUAAUCCCAGGCUCGUGGAGGCAGGAUGCCCACCUGCCAGACAUGGAACACCUGUAUCGCGGCAACGCAAGCAUAGCAGCAAAAGAGCAAAGAAACUACCUAAUGGAGUAUGUCAACUCUCCUGUAGGCAGUGUGCCAUGGCAAGAUGACUUACUGCUUAUCCAUUAUUAG